CCCGGCCUGCUUGCCGCUGCCUUUCAUCCUCCAUAAGAGGCGGGUGGUACUGCGACUUCCAUCCAAAAUCUCCGAGCAGAGACCAGAGUUUACAGCAAUGUCCGAGGAAGUGGAAGUCACGCAGCCGCUGGACGAGCAGCAGGAAGCGGAGGACAAAGUGAUCAGUCCAGAAAAAGCAGAAGAGGCCAAACUGAAGGCCAGGUAUCCCAACCUGGGAGCCAAGCCUGGGGGAUCAGACUUGCUCAGGAAAAGGCUUCAGAAAGGGCAAAAGUAUUUUGACUCCGGUGACUACAACAUGGCCAAAGCCAAGAUGAAGAAUAAACAGUUGCCAUCAGCCCCUACGGAGAAAACGGAGAUCACAGGGGGGCACAUCCCAACACCUCAGGACCUGCCUCAGAGAAAGACUUCCAUCGUGGCUAGCAAACUGGCUGGCUGAUGGUUUUACGCUUACCGUUUUGCUACCAUUCCGACGCCCACUUUAUUACCUACCUGCUGUUUACGUUUUGUCCCACUGUUUUCCUUUUGUAUGUUUUCUCCAUGAACAAAGUAUGUACCAAGCCAAAUACUUAACAACAAUUGGAAACCUUUCGGCACUGAAGUGUCGUCGCGAUAAAUCCAGUGAAAUAGGAGCUGAAAAUGUUUCUCAAGAUCUU